AUGCCCGACGAAAUCCUCAACGACAUCUCGCACCGGCGGUACAGUCCGCUGACCGGCGAGUGGCUCCUGGUGUCGCCGCACCGGACCAAGCGGCCAUGGCAGGGCCAACAGGAGGCCCCCUCCAAGAACACGCUGCCCGAGUACGAUCCCCAGUGCUACCUCUGCCCGGGCAACAAGCGCGCCCAGGGCGACGCCAACCCGGUCUACGACAACACCUUUGUCUUUGUCAACGACUACAGCGCCGUCAAAGAGACCCAGGCCGCGUACGCCCCGGCCGCAGAGACGGGCAAGGACGGCGACCUCGAGUCGCUGCUGCUGCGCGCCGAGGCCACCACCGGCAAGUGCUAUGUGUUGACCUUCUCGCCCAAGCACCACGUGACCCUCGCCGACAUGGCCGCCCGCGACAUCCUGCCCGUCAUCCUGACGUGGACGCGCAUCUACGCCGCCCACCUGGCGCCCACGCACCCCGUCUACGCCGCCGCGACGCAGUUCUUGGCGGCCCACCCGCCGACGUCCGCGCACGACACCGUCCCGCGCCCGGCCCGCCAGCUGCGCUACAUGCAAAUCUUUGAGAACAAGGGCGCCGCCAUGGGCUGCUCGAACCCGCACCCGCACUGCCAGAUCUGGACGACGUCGAGCCUGCCGCAGGAGCCCGAGAAGGAGCUCACGCAGAUGCGCCGGUACCGCGCGACGCACGGCCCCGCGCGCCACCUGCUGGGCGACUACGUCCAGCUGGAGCGGGCCAAGCAGGAGCGCGUCGUCUACGAGAACGACGCCUUCCUGGUCGUCUGCCCCUGGUGGGCCAUCUGGCCCUUUGAGGUCCUGGUCGUCGCCACGCGCCACGUGCGCGCCCUCGUCGAGCUGUCCGACGCCGAGCGCGGGCACCUGGCCGACGCCAUCCAGGAGGUCACGCGCCGCUACGACAACCUGUUUGAGACCAGCUUCCCCUACUCGUCGGGCAUCCACCAGGCGCCCCUCGACACCCUGGGCGCCGACGACGAGGCCGACAGCAGCUGGCUGCACAUGCACUUUUACCCGCCGCUGCUGCGGUCCGCGACCGUGCGCAAGUUUUUGGUCGGCUACGAGCUGCUGGGCGAGCCGCAGCGCGACAUUACGCCCGAGCAGGCGGCCGCCAAGCUGCGGGCCUGCGGCGGCGAGCUCUACCGGAAGAGAUUGUAG